UGGGGGUGCCCUAGAAGAUGUGUGCCUAGGAUGGCCAGAAGAGGGACCCCGUGGACCCUGCCCUGCCAGCCACUCCCUUCUCCUCAGGUAUAAGAGCCACCCACCAGCCGCUAUCUGCCACCAUUCCCUACUCCUGCAGCUCUUCUCACCGUAGAAGCCACCAGCCCAGCCUCUCAAGAUGGCCUUUGUUCCUGCACCAGGCUACCAGCCCACCUACAACCCGACGCUGCCCUACCACAGGCCCAUCCCAGGCAAUCUCAGAGUUGGAAUGUCCAUUUACAUCCAAGGAGUGGCCAACGAGCAUAUGAAGAGGUUCUUCGUGAACUUCGAGGUGGGGCAGGGCCCAGAGGCAGACGUCGCCUUCCACUUCAAUCCCCGCUUUGACGGCUGGGAUAAGGUGGUCUUCAACACGAAGCAGAACCGCAACUGGGGCAAGGAGGAGAAGAAAAGGAGCAUGCCCUUCAGCAAGGGCGCCGCCUUCGAGCUGGUGUUCAUGGUCUUGGCCGAGCACUACAAGGUGGUGGUAAACGGGAAUCCCUUCUAUGAGUUUGGGCACCGGAUCCCGCUGCAGAUGGUCACCCACCUGCACGUGGAUGGCGACCUGCAGCUUCAAUCAAUCAACUUCAUCGGAGGCCAGCCCGCCCCAUGCCAGAUACCCGUGCCUAAUCCAGCAUACCCAGGUCCCGGGCAGUACUGCCAAGAGCCAAGUAACCUCCCUCCCAUGGAGGGACCCCCAACCUUCAACCCGCCUGUGCCAUUUAAUGGGAGACUGCAAGGGGGGCUUACAGCCCGAAGAACCAUUAUUGUCAAGGGCUACGUACCCCCCACAGCCAAGAGCUUUGUCAUCAACUUCAAGGUGGGAUCCUCAGGGGACCUGGCUCUGCACAUUAACCCCCGGCUGAAUGAGGGCACCGUGGUUCGGAACAGCUUUCUGAAUGGCUUGUGGGGAGCCGAGGAAAGGAAGGUCUCCUACAACCCGUUUGGUCCUGGAAAGUUCUUUGAUCUGUCCAUUCGCUGUGGCAUGGAUCGCUUCAAGGUGUACGCCAACGGCCAGCACCUCUUCGACUUCUCCCAUCGCCUUUCGGCCUUCCAGAGGGUGGACAUGGUGGAGAUCCAGGGUGAUGUCACCUUGUCCUAUGUCCAGAUCUGAUCUAUUCCUGGGGCCGUAACCCUCGGGAACACAGAGGAAGAUCCCUGUAGGACUCCUUUCUAAGCCCCUAAUAAAAUGUCUGAGGGUGUCUUGUGAGUGUACACGACCCCAUUUGCCUCCCUCACUGUUCCUCCCUUCUUGGUUCAAUCAUGCACUCUCCAUUCAGCCAUCCAAUCAUCUGUCCAUCCAUCCUCUCCUCAUAAUAAAUCUAGGGCUUUAUGUGUAUGAACCCAUUCACUCCUCACAAUGCCGGGAGGUAGGAACUAUUAUUAUUUUCCAUCUGUAAAUGAUGAGGAGACAGGCAAAGAAAAAUAAAGCUGUUGCCCAAGGUCACAGAGUCCAUAAAUGGCGGAUCCAGGAUCCAAACUGAGGUGGUCGGGCUCCCAAGGCUACGUGCUCAACCACUAUACAGCCUGUUGUCCCAUCCACCCUGCAUCCAUCCAACCAAAAGUCCAUAUACCCAUUCAACAUCCAACCAUCGAGCCACUCACCAAUCCAUCUAUCCGUCUGUUUGUCCAGCCAUCUUUCCAUCCAUCCACCCAUCCCUUCAUCCCUCCAUCCAUCUAUCUCAUCAUCCAUCAAUCUUUCCAAACAUUCAUCCGAGCAUAUGUUCAUCCAUCCAUCUAAACAUUCAACAAUCCAUCCACUCUACCUCUCCAUUUUAGCUGCUCAUCCAUUCAUCAUCCAGCCGUUCACCCAUCCAUCCAUUCAAACAUCUAACUACUUACUUAUUAGUCCAUAUGUCUAUUCACUCAGCCAUCCUUACAUCCAAAUUUCAUUCAUCCUUUCAUCUCUUCACUCCCUCCUUC